AAUUUGUAAUUAGUGUAUGGGUGUGUGUGCUUCUUCCUCCGCUCCGGUGGUGUUGCGUCGCUCAUCGCCGCACAAUCUCUCUCGUCUCCGAAUCACGUGCAUCAUGAUUCGUGCUGUGAUCGUGAUGAACACCCAGGGCAAACCCCGCCUCCUCAAAUUCUACGAUUUCCAGCCUCCGGAGAAGCAGCAGGAGCUCGUCCGCAGCGUCUUCUCGGUUUUGUCGGGGAGAGCGGAGAAUGUUAGCAACUUCGUCGACGCCGAUGCGAUCUUCGGCCCGGGCACUAGGCUGGUAUACAAGCAUUUGGCUACACUAUAUUUCAUUUUUGUUUUCGAUAGUUCUGAGAACGAGCUUGCAGUGCUUGACCUCAUACAAGUCUUUGUCGAAACAUUGGACCGAUGCUUCAAGAACGUGUGCGAGCUUGACGUAGUAUUCAAUUUCAACAAGUUGCAUACGAUAUUGGACGAAAUCAUAUUAGGGGGACAGGUGAUUGAAACCAACUCCGAGGAAGUGUUGAAGGCCGUGGAAGAGAUCUCAAGGUUGGAGAAAUCUUCAAGCACAAUAAGCCUUGUACCGAAGUCGGUUUCUGGAAGAUUUGGUCGGUAGUAUAUGCAACUAAACGAUCACGACUUAAUACUCAUGCAUUACUUCUUUCGAGUCCUUGUAUAAUUGAACUCAUUUUUCAACUUAGUUGAGUUGCUUAUGCACCUUCCAUCAUAAAAAUAGUUUGUGAUAUUCGAACGUCAUUUUCCUACGAUUUGUAGAUUUGAGAUUCAAAUUUGGAAAUGAGAUCAGUGAUACAAUUGCAUCUGUUCAUGACUA